GUCCCUUCAGAUCCUCCUGCUUCCAAAAAGCCCAAAAUAGAUGACUCUGCUUCCCAAUCUCCAGCUUCUACCGAGAAGGAAAAACAGUCCAGUUGGUUACGGUCCUUAUCCAGUUCAUCUAAUAAGAGCAUUGGCUGUGUCCACCCCCGUCAGCGUCUCUCAGCUUUUCGGCCCUGGUCCCCUGCUGUAUCGGCAAAUGAGAAAGAGCUCUCAACCCAUCUUCCCGCUUUGAUCCGAGACAGUUUUUACUCCUACAAAAGCUUUGAGAAUGCGGUGGCCCCCAAUGUGGCACUUGCACCUCCAGCCCAACAGAAAAUCGUCAGCAACCCGCCCUGUGCCACGGUGGUGUCGCGGAGCAGCGAGCAGCUCGGCACCGCUGCCCAGCCACGGAAACGGAAACUCGCUGCCGAGACCCCCGCCAUCCCAGAAACAGCGGCCACGGUCACGGCCACUGUCACUGCCCCUGAGGAGGAUAAGGAGUCGGAAGCAGAAAUUGAAGUGGAAACCAGGGAAGAAUUCACCUCGUCCUUAUCCUCGCUGUCCUCGCCGUCCUUUACUUCGUCCAGCUCUGCGAAGGACAUGAGCUCCCCCGGGAUGCAGGCCCCCGUCGCGGUCAGCAGCGCCUAUGAGGCCGCAGCGGCGCACUCCGACUCUCACAGCAGCGGGUUGGAAGCCGAGCUGGAGCACCUAAGGCAGGCCCUGGACAGUGGCCUGGAUACAAAAGAAGCCAAAGAAAAAUUCCUCCACGAAGUUGUGAAGAUGAGGGUGAAGCAGGAAGAGAAGCUGAACGCUGCCUUGCAAGCCAAGCGCAGCCUACACCAG